AUGGGACCACCUGGGCCUCCUGGCCAACAGGGACCUACAGGACCUCCGGGAGCUGCUGGACUGCAGGGUCGUCGAGGACCAAGGGGGUUCAAUGGGUCUCAAGGAUCUCAGGGAGCCCCUGGUCCACAAGGACUAAUAGGCCUACCUGGAUGGAAUGGGUCAGAGCUAGCACCACAAGGCCCUCCUGGUCCGCCAGGAAAGCCUGGGGCUGGGAAUCUGACUCUUUGUCAGUACAGGUUCAAAAAGGAAACUGCACAAACAGCAGGAGACGCAGCAGAUUCUUUGGUUCAGCUCCGAGAAGAUGAACAUCCGGUACGUAAUUCAUCCGUUAUCCUUUUAUUGGAAUUAUUUUAAGGCUAUCCUGGAAUUUGAUUGAGUCCAGGUAACUAAUUAAAUAAGUUCGAAGGGAACAAGUACAACAAAGAGAAACCAUUAAUCGGAAUGCAUAGGUAACGAUCAAAGGGUAUAAAGACGCUAUUGGUGAAGUAAUUAGAACACGUCAUUGCCCAUGUGUAGCAAAAACUUCACAACAUACAUCCAUAAUUCAAAAACAUACAAUGGCUAUCAGGGCAGACAAAGAUCUCUGUUAUAUUUAGAUAAUUUUGGCUAAAGAUUUCGGGCUUGACCGUACGCAACGAAUAACAUUCAAGCCAUCUAGGAACUUCAUACCAAAAGAAACGCUUGACAAGCUAUUCAAAUCAUUCGAAGUUUGCGCACGUAAAACGUAAGACUGCGCCUUAGGGUCAGUUAACAAACCUCUUCCUGGUUACAAUGUUUGCCUUACACGUUCAUCAGUUUUCGAUUGUAGCCAGAUGUAUGCUCUAACAGCGGAUGCGUCAUAUCUUUUUAGGGAUGGAAAAUUCUCGCGGCCAUAUGCUCAACAGAGAGAGGGGCCGAGUACGUUUUUAAGGAUGGAAUGCUUGUACCGAACACAACCGUACUUAUAUACAGCUGCCAUUGUAAAGGGCAAGCGAGAUUCUUUGCUACUGGUCCAAGAAAUAUGGUGUGCGUUAUUCACUACUGGAUGUGUCCAAUUAUAAGCUGA